AUGCACAUUGCAUUUCUCAUUAACCUUUUAAUCUUUGUCUCCACAAUCAAUGCCUUCCCUUUAUGGAAGAGACUCUAUAGACCAUCGUCGCCGGUAUUUUCAGUGAUUGCCCACCAUGAAGGUAAAGUCUUUCAAUACCAUCUUUUAAAGUGGGAUGGAACAGACCUCGUGCUUAACACCGAUGAGCAAGCCUUUUUUGGCAGAGUCCGGGCUUCCGAAGGUUACAUUUUGAAUCUUCCAGGAAGCAACAAGACUGCCAACUCUACCCAGGGCCUUGCUGAUACCACGAAUGUUUAUGUGGACCCUAAGACAUACAAGUUGUCUACUACCAAAUCUCCACUGAACUCCACCACUGGCUUUGGUAUUGAUGCUCAGAAGUUGACCUAUAAGAACUCCACUGAGUUUUUGGCAUGUCCUGGAAACUCUUACAGAGGCGAGUAUUAUGUGUAUUGGGGUAACAACAACAAGACAGUUUGUCCCAACGAUGCUCGGGGCUACACUAUUGAUCUUAUUGUUCAGACUGAUGCAACCAUCAACUACAAUCCUGAGACCAACAACCGCAAUCUGACAAUUCCUCCAAUCUCCAACAAGAGAAAGAGAUUCUUCUUCCUUUAG